AUGGACAUUACCAAUGAUAGUGUACAAGAAUAUAGGUCUUCUGGAGAAUUUCUAACUUAUAACCAUAGAACUAUUCCCCAACCUCUUGUACAGAAGCCUAGCCGUUGUACACCCGCUGACAACUUUGACAGGAGCAUCAAGCGUGACCCGUUGUCUUUUCCUACCUUCAGCAAUGAUAAGCAAUGGAAAAAUUACAACCGUAUCCUCGAAGCCAUCUGUCGCACCUAUGGUCUCCAAAAUGUCCUCAAUCACAAAUAUUGUCCACAAACUGUUGAUGAAAAGGACCUCUUUGACCGUCAGCAGGCGUUCAUGUAUCAAGUCUUUACCACGAUUCUCCUCACUGAUAAAGGCAAGCAAUUUGUUCGUGAGCAUCAAGCCACUUUUGAUGCACAGAGAAUCUACAAUCAACUUGCUACUGCUUACACUAAGUCUGUUAAAGCUGAUGCCACCGCUACUGGUCUCCUCUGA